GGCCAGCUUUCAGUCUAGACUCAUCGAGCGAGGAUGUCGCGUUGAGUGGCUUCUCAGGCUCAGGCCCUGAAAAGCCCAGGAACGGGCCCCUACGUGUCCGUAGCGAAUGCCAGGGCGGGUGCCUUCACCAUCCCAGCAAAUCCCAAGCGGCCGUGGGACGGGCGGCUACUCAUCGCUCCGCUGGCCAGGCCUAACGAGUCGAACGCGGAACUAGCGAGCAGGCGGAAGCCUCGUUCGGGGCUGUUGCUCAGCAGGCCGGGCCUGGCUUUGGGCCCCGGGCCUCCCAGCCUGGGACUCUGCGCCUGCGCCCGUGCGGCCGCGGCCUGCUCUCCCGGCGCGGCCGCGGUCCCUGCUGCAGCGCGCCGCCUGAGUGGCUGGGCGGUCCAUGGGCAGCAGCGAGGGCCACGAUGACAGAUUACGGCGAGGAGCAGCGCAACGAGCUGGAGGCUCUGGAGUCCAUCUACCCCGACUCCUUUACAGGCAGAUGUCUCUCAACUACCCCUGUAUAGCUCCAGUCCUGUUCAUGUUCUCUCUCUCCAGCAGUACAGCUGUGCUGUGAGGAUGUUAAGGGGAUGAGUGAAGAGGGGUUUGAGAGUGUCAUUAACUGGCUUGAUUGCACAUUGAUCCAAUCCUCCUAACAACUAGUCUUCCAAAAUAUAAAUGGACUCUUCUGAUACCACAUUCUCCUUCAGUAGUGCUUCACUUGACAAGGCCCUGCUAAGUAUUAUCAGAAAAUCCACCCAGUUUCACCAUUACUGUAACAUCUGAGGCUGGAGAAAAUGAUGAAACUGUCCAGACUACCCUCAAGUUUACAUACAGUGAAAAAUACCCAGAUGAAGCCCCUCUUUAUGAAAUAUUCUCCCAGGAAAAUCUAGAAGAUAAUGAUGUCUCAGACAUUUUAAAACUAUUAGCAUUACAGGCAGAAGAAAAUCUUGGUAUGGUGAUGAUCUUUACUUUAGUGACAGCUGUGCAAGAAAAAUUAAAUGAAAUAGUAGAUCAAAUAAAAACUAGAAGAGAAGAAGAAAAGAAACAAAAAGAAAAAGAAGCGGAGGAAGCUGAAAAGCAAUUAUUUCAUGGCACUCCUGUUACAAUUGAGAAUUUCUUAAGUUGGAAGGCCAAGUUUGAUGCAGAACUCUUGGAAAUUAAAAAGAAACGAAUGAAAGAAGAAGAGCAAGCAGGAAAAAAUAAAUUAAGUGGGAAACAGCUAUUUGAAACAGACCAUAAUCUUGACACAUCUGAUAUCCAGUUUUUGGAGGAUGCUGGAAACAAUGUGGAGGUAGAUGAAUCUCUGUUCCAGGAAAUGGAUGACUUGGAGCUAGAGGAUGAUGAGGAUGAUCCGGACUACAAUCCUGCUGACCCAGAGAGUUAUUUGACUGACUAAUGGACUAUCCGCAUCCGCAGAGAGGUGUGACUGCCACAGCAUCUGUGGCUGUGCUGAGGUGUUGAUUUUUCUUUCUUUUUUUCUAAGAAAAAAUAAUUCUCAGGAGAAUAUUCUUCUGGUAGCUUUCAUCAUUGAACUUAAUAAACUGACCUUAAAAUUUCAAAUAUAAAA